AUGACUUCUAUCAAAUCCUUCUUCGUCAAGCGAUCCCUCUGCUCUACAUCGGGCCCAAUACAAUCUGCUAUUAAGGAGAAACUUACUGCUUUAUUUAAGCCAUCCUAUCUUCAAAUUACCAACGAGAGCGCAAAUCACGCCUCAAACCUUGGCCAAGAAUCGCAUUUUCGCAUUGCCAUCGUGUCGAAGGACUUUGAAAACAUCGGUGACGUGAUGCGUCAUCGACUGAUCAAAAAGGCUCUUCAGCAAGAAUUCGAUGCCGGCUCAACCAGUAACAACUACGACUUACUUUCGAAAGAUGUGUGGCGCGUCUGUGAUUCGCUGGUUCCUGUCUGUCAAGGUCGUUUAAAUUUUCAAAAAUCGUACGUGCGAACGAUUCCCGUGUGCACUUGA